UUAGCAACACACUUCAAGUCUAAUUUUUUUUUUGUUUCUCUAAAAAAUAUUUAGUCUCUCUAUCUCUCUGAAAAUGAAGCUCUCUAUGCGUUUGAUCUCAGCUGUUCUCAUCAUGUUCAUGAUUUUUGUCGCCACAGGAAUGGGUCCAGUCACUGUGGAGGCACGCACUUGUGAGUCACAGAGCCAUAGGUUCAAGGGUACAUGCCUCAGCGAAACAAACUGCGCAAACGUGUGCCACAACGAAGGUUUUGACGGAGGUGAUUGCCGUGGACUCCGUCGUCGUUGCUUCUGCACCAGACAAUGCUGAACGAUCCAUCGAUUCUCAUAACUUAAAAUCUUCGAUCCAUCGUCGUGUGUGUUACUUCUUUCUCGUCUAAUCUUCCGUACGGUACCAUGGCCGUACCGUACAUGUGUGUGUGCGUGUGUUCUCGAAUAAGUCUUUGGUUCGUGUGUUUCCGAUUUUAAUGUAAUGUUAAAAAACCUAUUGGUUUUUGUUCUAGUAAUUAAAGUAUUCGAAUCUAUGUUCUAAUAACCUUUAUCUACAAGUUAAACCCAUUGUUGCAAGUAUGCUA